UGAUCCGUAAUCUGUCUGUCAACAAGAGAAAGCUUUCAUGGCUCCUUUCCUGUGACAUCGACUCCUUUCCUUUGGGAAAGCUGUAGUCGUUCGCUGCCAUCGUGAGAGUAGGAAGAGACAGGAGGAGGAUCAUAUCCUCGAGGUAAAUCCCUCUCUUGUCGGUAGCAGAUCUUUAGAUUCUAGCAUGGGUGAAAGUGAUCCCGGGCGGGAGCACUGUGUCCAGAUCCCAUUGCUUCCGGAAAGACUACCGGAACAGAGAGACAGCAGGAGAAGGCUUGUGGAUUUGCUGAAAGCUUCUCCAUCCCCAGAUUGGUUGAAGAAGCUCCAAUUCCCUUCCCCGCUCAAGAUUUUCCGACGAACUCUAGACCGAAGAGAGGAGAUAUCGCUUUCGGUGCCUUCCCCCGUCGGCGGCCAGCGGCGUUUCCAUGUCCAGUUCCUCAGAAGAAUCGACUGGCGUUCUCUCUUCCGUACCUGCAAAGGAUGGCUCAAAAACCCCAUGAACAUUGCUCUUCUUAUCUGGCUCCUCUGCGUCGCCGUCUCCGGCACCAUGCUGGGCCUCCUCCUCCUCGGACUGCUGAACGACGCGUUCCCCACCAAGUCCCUGCGAAACCACUGGAUCGAGAUCAAUAACCAGGUCCUCAAUGCGCUGUUCACGCUCAUGAGCCUCUACCAGCACCCCAAUCUCUUCUACCACUUCGUCAUGCUGUGCCGAUGGAGCUCCGAAGACAUCACGGAGCUCAGAAAGAUGUACUGCAAGAACGCAGGUUACCGGCCUCAGGAAUGGGCUCAUAUGAUGGUGGUCUUGGCCCUCCUCAACAUCACUUGUUUCGCGCAGUACGCCCUUUGUGGUCUCUACUGGGGAUACUCCAGGGAGGAGCGACCGGAGUUCCUGGAGAACUUCUUCUUCGCGCUGGGGAUUGCCACACCCGUCUUCGCUGCUCUGUAUGCGGUCUACAGCCCUCUCGGCCGGGAAUACGACUGCGGUUCCGAUGAAGAAUCGCAAGGGAAGAACACCGCAGCUGACACGAAGAGAUGCAAGAAGCAGGGCCUAAAGUUGUACGACCGGAGAGUCGUGGUGAGCAAGCCGGAGUGGGUUGGAGGACUGUUCGACUGCAGGGAUGACGCCACCGCCUGCUACCUCUCUUUCUUCUGCACCUGCUGCGUCUUCGGCUGGAACAUGGAGAGGCUCGGGUUGGGUAACAUGUACGUGCACGUCGCCACGUUCCUCCUGCUCUGCGUUGCUCCCUUCUGGAUCUUCAACAUCGCGGCUCUCAACAUCCACAACUACGUCAUCGGAGAUGUCAUCGGGAUCGCGGGAGUAGUCCUCUGCGCGUUCGGAUUGCUGUACGGGGGGUUUUGGAGGAUUCAGAUGAGGAGACGGUUUAGACUCCCGAGGGAUGCCUUCUGCUUCGGCUCUGCUUCGCUUACGGACUACGUGAAGUGGAUGUUCUGCUGGGCGUGUGCUCUGGCGCAGGAGGUGCGCACCGGCAACUUCUACGAUGUGGAAGACGACAGCCUCUUUAGGAAGCUAAUGGACGGCGAGGAAGAGAGGCAAACGAUAACAACCGAGACGCGGGAUGGUUCAGAAGUGCUUCGGGGGGAUGCAACGACGCCACCGGUUCAGCCAUUGAUGGGAUCCGAAGACGUCGUAGGUGGUGCGAACGGUUCGACUCAACUCCCACCUGCUUCGUUCUCGGCCGGAGAAGAAGAUGACGCGCCGUCUUCUACUUAGACGGGGAAGUCGUACGUGCAACCAAAGCUUAGAAGUUACACCGUUUGCAAACAUCUUCCGGUGGUGUUUUUGUUCUUCGUUUGUGGUGUGAUGAAUACGGUCACAGUGGGCGUUCGAAGACGUAUUUUAUGUAAUCGAUGUAAAUACCAUUCUUUUUUAUUUUCCACAGGGUAAAUCAAUGAAAACAAAAGGAGUCUAAUAUGGGGGUGUGGAAAGGAUGAUGGAUCUCAUCUAUGUAAUUAUAUUCUCCUAUGUUAGUGUUGUUAGUGUCAACAUCUUUACGCCGUGACCUCGGGGCCAAUACGAUUGGGUUCGGGUCAGAAUGAUUGGAGAUAUUCCUGAACGAUCUUUGAGACU